AGACUGACACAUAUUAAGCAUGGCAAUCAAGACGGUUUUUGCUGUUUUUCUCGUCCUGUCUGGAUUUGCAGCUAUUUCCAUGGGAAGAAACAUCCACAUUUCCAACUCGAAGCUCACUUUAACAGGCAGUGGAACCUUCAGAACUGGUACGAUUCGUAUGAUAGCAGAAAGAGCUUGGUCAGGAUUAUCAAAACAUCGACGUUUUCCCGUCAUCCUUAGCGGAGACCUGAUCGCUCUAAAACUCUCCCGUUCUAGUGGUGCCCCACGAUGGAUGCAGUGUUCUAAGUCAUCGUACUGCACCACGUCAACCUGUCCUGGAGGACAAGUCAUGCUAUCUUCCAAGUUCUCUUCCUGUAGAACCGUUGUUUUCCGCAUACGAGCCCUCGGUAGACUUGAUGGCGAGGCGGUGGAAAGCGGUGAUUACGUUGCUCUUACCUUUCCGUAUAAUGGUGGGAAGACUUUAUAUUGCUAUAGGUCAACCUCUAAGCCUUGCCGUGCAUUGUGGGCACUACCUAAAGUAUGGCCAAAGAAAAAUUGGUUCGGUUGGGUUCAAGGCAGAUUUCAAAUUUUCUCUCGAAAUGUUAACGAUGGUCAUCCAAUUCAGUAUCAAGACAUAGUUGGUUUUAAGUAUAACUUUCAGUCUAACGGUGCCUGGUUGUACUCUACUUCUAAUAAAAUGUAUGCAAGGAGUUGCAGCUAUGGAUACUACACUAAAAGUUACUGUGCUAAAAUGAAUUCAGGAUUUGGCUUCCAUAUAUACAAAAAACUUUAGAAAAUGGAAAACACAACCCAGGUUAUAAAGUUAAGAAAAAAAUUGUAAUCUCAUAUCAUUUAAUUAAAUACCUGGAUAUUGAUGAAUGAAAAUAAACAAUAAUAAAGUCUAAUAGACUAUCAAUCGAAA